AUGGACGCAGAUAUGAGCACGCCAUUCACCCCCUCAUCAUUAUUAAUGGUACCAGACUCGGAUACCUUCUACCGAAUCCCCCCCAACUUCGCCCCGUUGAGAUCUCCAACCUCAAUUUAUAAACCACAAUUCCAAGGUCCAUUACCUUUACCCAGACAAGAUACCCUGAGUCCUGAAAAGGAGCGAAAGAGCGAUAGGGUCAUGAAGGGAUUCACUGGACUCAAUUUUCGCCCGGGAGUGGAAAUCGGCAAUGGGGAUAAGAAUUUAAGUUCUGCACCGAGUAUGAAACCAACUUCGACCUCCUGUCCAAAAAAUUCGAGUUUAAAUCAUCUUUAUGGGUUUUAUUGGACUUGCUGUAGUAAGAUAGCCGAAGAAGCCAAGGUUUUGGAUAGCAUGAGAAGUAUGACGGAGAGUGCUGUUAAGAGACUGUGUAAGAAGAAGAAUUCGCUUGCGGAGAACAAGUGUGAAGAGUGCGGACACUUGGUUUGUCGAGAAUGUGAAAAGGUCGCCGAGUGCGCGUAG